GAUUGAUGACUCCCAAGUGCAUUCUUUCACAUGUAAUGAAUCUAAUCUGAAUUCAGAAGCAGAACUUAAUGCACAAGCAGAGUCAGCAAAGCAGACCCAAAUCUUUAUUCAGUCUGAAACAAACAUAGAAUCUGUGACAAAUUCAGAAAAUCAAAGGGAGGGAGUGGACAUCCUGGAACAGUUGGAUUUACAGCGUGUAAAGCCCAUCUGCUCUUCUACUCCAGAGCUUGUGUCUGACCAGGCUCAUUUUACCCUGCUGGAGGCUACACCUGCCCCCUUACUGGACCAUCUGCAUGAUAGUCAGCAGCAGGGUGACCACAGUCAGACAGUUGAACCCUGCGAGUCAAUAUCAGAACAUGAAACCACACACCACAACCAUUCAAUAGGAGGGGUUGACGAUGAGAAACAUGUGCCUGAGGCAUCUGCCGAUACCACUGCAAUUGAUUUUGGAUAUGCUGAUGCCAAGCCUGAACAUGGGCAGGAAAUGAAUCGCAGUUUGGACACAUGUCCUUUGGAGUCGGAGAAUGUGUUUCGUCUUGGCAGUGAAGUUGGCAUAUAUACAGUAGUGCGGGGGAACACACGCAAUAUCAGCAAAGCUGGUGUUGAAGCGAAGAAAGAGGAAGAGGAGGAGGAGGAGGAGGAGGCGAGUGCCCUUGAAGAGGCUUCAGCACCGGCCGUUGAAUCUGCGUUGCCACUGACAACACCCACGAUGCCAGAAAUGAUCGAAUCUGAGCGAGUGGUGGGUGAGAAGGAGAUUGAUGAUGCAGUCCAGAGAGCUGCAGCAACAGUAACAUUAAAAGCACCAAGGAAAGAAAAUUUAGUUCAAAUCACGAAAUUACAAGAAUCAGACCAAUCUCUUCUGCCGAGUUCUGCAGGGACAGAGUGUGAAAUUAUUGCAUCGAUUGAUGAAAAUUCUGAAAUCUCUUCAGAGACUAACAGCUCACCUACAGAGAAAGCAGAGAAGGUAGAAACUACAUUUGAGGUGGGUUGUAGCAGCAAAAUGCCUCACAGCUCUGAGAAGGAUGAAAAGAAGGGAGGAGGUCCGCCAGUUGAUGGCUCCCCAGGGAAGGGCACUCUCUCUGCAACUGCAGAAAAGGAGACAAGCGCAAAGAAUGCUGAGAACAGGACUGUGAUCAGUACCUCACCGUUAGGGCUUUACGACAGACGUGACUGGAAGGGAAAGAGCUCUGAGUCACUGGAGAGAAAGGGAAAGGGAGGGACGGAGGCGAGUGAAGAGGAGGGGAGAGAGAGAGAGCAGGGAGGAGUGCAGACUGUAUUCACACAGCAGGCAGCCCACACCAAAGGACUGUCAUUGACAGAGACUGAGACGCAUCCACUCCAUGACAACCCACAGCCAAUGGUGUCAUCGCAGCAGAGAGGUGAGCCUGUCACUUCCGUCACAACAUGCAGAGCUGAAACAGCCUUACCUCCUAUAACCAGCAGCCGAACAGAAGCCUGCAGCUCUGCAAAUCUCUCUUCUCCACUGUCCAUCUCCACAGAAACAGCGAGAAAGGCUCCGACAAAGAGCGAGGCUCAUCUGAAUGAGAGUUGGACUGAGAGUGCAUUGGAAGAAAAACUGCCAAGCAGCGAUAAAUCACAGCUCCCGGCAGCCUCUGCAGAUGGUAAAGAUUCCGCAGUACAAGCCAGCGAUCAACAGGUGCAGAGUACUUCUGUGUUGACCCAAACUCCAGAUAGUGGCACACGAAUGGUCAAGAAAGGGACCGAAAAAGACACGAUCCAGAGAAUUGAAGAUCAGCGCCCACUAUCUACGUCUCAUCUGGAAAUGAGGGAUGUUACUGGAACUUUUCGCAAUGUGGAAGGUAUUGCAUGUGCAAACGAGAAUGUGGACUCUCCAGGGAACGUAAAUGAAAAUACUGUGUUGUCCAGCAAGGUAAAUGGAUUUGCUUCUCUUCCACCACUGACGUUUCAUGAGAAUCUACAUCAUCCAGUAAGUGAGACAAGCUUCAACUUCCAAGGGUUUUUAAGCACUGGACCAGCAGAAGCUCUCCAAAAGACGACAACUAGUGAGAGUCCCUGGGAAGCUCUGAGAAAAACAGGAACGACUGCUGUGAAUGAAACUAUUCAAAAACAUGACGGCAAUGAUACAAAAGAUGAAACUGUUGAAAAUGUCACUGGGAAGAGUUCUGGGGGAACGCCUUCACAACCAAUAGUUACAAAUGUGAGUAUGAAUGCUUUGAACACUGCUGAGGAAAGCAGAAAUCUUGAAGUUAUUCAGGAAAAUGAAGAGGCAGAGAAGCAAACAAUCAAUUUAACUCUAGGCAUGACUCAUAAUAGCCCAGAGGAUGCACUUUCUUCAGAGCCUACUAGCGAAAAACACAAUGCAGGAUUGCAGGAUACCACUGUACCAGAGAGAGAAAGUAACAAGGGUCUUUCCUGCACUGUUUUGCACCCGGGAGGUGACCCCAUUGUGUCUGAUGGAGAUGUACAGAAAAAGACAGGGGUCUUCGUCACCAUAAAAGAAGUGAAUGAAAAGGAUCCUGAGUCAGUGGAAUAUAAUGUGGAUGUAGCAGUUAUAAGAGACAAAACAUGCUUGAGUGACAGAACACAGCAGGAGUCAGAGCUGACGGAUGAGUCAAAUUUACCGGGAGGUGUUGAAGAGUCUUCUAUGAUGUCUGAGGUAAAACCUCUCUUAUCUGCUUCUAAGGGCUCAGAAACAGAGAAUGACCUACCUGUUUACUCUACUAACAACACUGCAUGCAUAUCCCAGCAGAGGCAGGAGUCAGAACCUGAACAGACCCCUGCUAUUUUGAAUGGAUGUUGUCAAAUAAAACCUGAAGACCACACUCAAGACUUGCAAAAUCAGGAAAAACCUCUCUCUUUGUCCGUGCCAUUAUCUCAGGGCUCAGAAACAGACAAUACGCUGCCUGUUCUUUCUACUAACAACAGUUCAGGCAUUUCCCAGCAGAGCCAGAAAUCAGAACAACCUGACCAUCCUCCAGAGGUUUCAAAAAUAUGUUCUCAAAUAAAACCAGAAGACCAAAUUCAAGUCUUUAAAAAUCAGACAGAUUCAGGUCAUGACAAUGAAGCAGUCCCAGAAAUUGCCAAGGAUUUUGGUGGGACAAAAGACCUUACUUCCCCUGCUAUGGAUGUGCUUGAUCAGCUGGAAGGAAAUAUUUCCUUGCCCAACAUUCAAAGUGAUCCUAAAGUGCCUAUUGUGCUCAGGCCGCCUGGCCCUAUGCUGAGUCACAUAGAGUUCAUUAAUGACUGUGACAUUUCUUUCCCAGGAAAGGAAGUGCAGUUCAGCUCUGACCAUAAGAAAAUCAGCACUCUGAACAAUGGAAAUGAUGUUGAAGCAGGAGCUAGAGGUGAUACUGUAAGAAAAACUGAAGAAAACUGUAAGACUGAAGAGAAAAAGGGAGAAAAGGAGCAAAAUGAUGUAUUAUUUUCAACAGAUGUCUUGGCAGCUAAUGUGAUGACUACUCCUGAAUCCUCCAUGCAAAAAUCCCAGUUAGCACCUAUUAACGUUGAACUGCACAAGGCUGGUUUGGCAGGAGAGAGUCUAAAUAAUGAUGGAAAUCCAAGUGAGAGGAAAGAUGUAAUGAUAAAUGAGGACACUGAAGUCUCAAACAAGCAGUCAAAUACUGGUAAAGGAAGUGAUUCAGCUAUUAUACCUACAAAGGAUAUAAUUGAGAGUUUUACAAAACCAGAAACUGAGCAAAAUAAUGAAACCUUGUUACACAGUCGCACUCAUCAUCAUGAUGAGAAAAUUAAUCGGAAGAUGUCACCAGCAAAUACAAUUGACCUUUCCUCAGAUCAUAGCAGCUCAGUAGAUGUCAGUGCUGAUAAUCAGGCUAGUUCUACACAGAAUUCCUUAAGAGGUACAGAAAGCUUUAUUCCUGAGGAAUCCUCAAGGAUUGAGUCUUUCAAGUCAAUCUCCACUGUGACAGCACAACCCAGUGCCUUUGAUGUCACCACUUCAACUCUCAGCAAUAUGGCUAAAAAUGUGGUCAAAGAUGAUAUUGUUGUUUUGGCUGGGCCUGAACAGCUUAUUCCGGUAAACACCAAAGAAAUACAUGAUAAAUAUGACAGUGAAGAAAUACAAAGAAAGACACAUUUACGACAGCAAGAAAAAAUACAGUUGAUUGAAGAACAAUACAGCACAGUUAAACAGAAUGCCUCUGAGGAUGAAAAGCAUUGUGAUGAGCCAUAUAAUUCAUUUGAGAAUCAAAUCACAGAGAAGGAGCAAGUGGCUAAAGACCUUAAAGAAGAAAAAACAAAUACUUCCACAGAGCAAACUGAGAACUAUAGAAAAUCUGAGGAAGAGCUAAAGAAAGAAUAUACAAAUAAGAAACAUGGGGACCAUAAGGAAACGGCAAAAGAAAAGGAUGACAAAGAAGAAAAACCCGUAGAUGAAACAGUUCCUGGAAAAACUUUAAAGGCUACUGUUUUGUCUGAUCCUGGCUUAGUUUCCCCAGGGCUUCCCAGCAUAGACCAGGGCUGUGGUAGGUCACUGAUUGAGGGCGCUCAUCCGUUCAUGGAUCAGGACCUGUCUGUGGCACUGCCAGUGGUGCAGGAGUCAUGCUGUGAGAUUGACCAGAUAAAAGAUCAGAAGACACUAAGUGAAUUGGAUUGUCCUGUUCCGAAUAUGAAUUUCCAACCUCUAGGCCCAAAGCAACCACAGGAGUUGCAGUGCACUGCAGUGCUGUGUGAAGGUUUACAGAUGCAUGAAGGUGUUUGUCAAGAAGAAACUAUGGUGAACGAUCUUAGUUCCCAAGAUCAAGAUAUCAAAUUGAUUCCAGAUAGUAAUGGAGGAGCUGAAAAUGUAUGCAGCAGUUUGGGAAACUCUGAGAGCAUCUCAUUGUUGGGAAAUAAUGAAAAGGAAAGUGAAAAAGAACUUGAAGCCAAAGUAUCAGACCUUGAAAAUGUAUCUUCCAUAAUUAAAAGUGUAACAUCUGCUUUGUAUAAAGAUGAAGCAAAGAUAAAUAACACUCAAACAGAAAUUCAAGGGGAUAAUUUGUCAAGCACUACAGUGGCAAAUCCUGAAGAAAAAGAGGUUAAACCUGUACUAUCAGGGUCUUCAAAUGGGCAUGAGCGUGAACCUCCGGAAUGUACUAGUCAAUCAGAUCUCAAAGUAGAUAAAUCUGAAAAUCUGGAUCAUGGUGAUACUUUAACUGAGCACAGUAAUGCUGCUAAACUGCCUUUAAAUGAUUCAACAAAGCCAAUUCAGAAUUCUAGCAGCUCACACAAAGAAGAGGACCAAUCCUUUAGUGUGGUCAUUCUAGGCAACAGCAAUUGUUCCAAAGAAUGCAACAGUCAGACUGGCACUGUAUUGGCAACUGUUCCUGGAACUCCUGAAAGUCUGUCUAAGCAACACGAGGCAGAAUCUACUGUAAAGCUUGGUCCUGAGAAAACCCCUGAGCUUGCCACUCCUUUGUUGGAUCCUGUGCUUCAGAAUAAAAUAGAAAAUGACAACAUGAAUGAGGCCUCUCAAGACAUAAAAGAAAUAAAGAAGGAGAUGAUGAAAAAUGAAGCUCAGUUAUACCCUGUGGAGUCUAGUCAGACAGAGACUAUGGCAUUGGAGAAUGUGGACCCCAGCUUAUCACAUAGUAACCAACAACAGCAGGACAUUGAGUUAUUUAGCCCAAAAACCUGUACAGGGACUAAAGAAGAAGACAGAAAUAUGGCAACACAAGCAGCUAUUUCAGCAAAAGUACAGCAGAUGGAGCACAGGAAGGAAGAAAUAGGUGGAUAUAGUGAAGAGAAUGGAAAGAAUGAACCUGCAGAGAACAGGAAAUUCAGAGAAAUGUGCGAAAGUGCGAAGACCAGGUCAUCAGAGCCUGAUCUUAAAGAUAGAAAGGAAGGAAAUGAGAGUAAGGCUCUUGAAUAUGUGGAGGAGACCUCUAUGCCUGUGACAUUAAAAACACAGUCAGAUACCGCUGAUGGAUUUCAGACUGAAAUGAAGCGGCACUUCAUUUCUGAAUCAUCUGUAUGCCUUGAAUCCAGCGCUGUCUCUGUUGUGACAAAUUCACAGGACUCAUCUCGGAUGUUACUCAAUACUUGUUUGAGUGCACAGCCCAGUGAGGAGGCCACAAAGUCCUUCGUUCAAAUCCUACGUGAAAAUCUGUCAGAAUCUGAGAGUGGAGUGAGCCAUGACCUAACAGAUAGUUCACAUGGAGAUUCACAUGGAGAAGUGGCCGUCAUUCUAGUCAGCGAUGCAUCACAAAAAAUGGAAAUGACUGAUGGUGGCGUAGACAUCAGUCGAGGAUCAAAACAUGAAGAGGAAGCAUUCCGUACAGAUACAAAUACAAGUGUAUCACAAAUAGGGAGCGGUUUAGAAAGCACAUGCACAGAUGUUAGCCUUUCAAAUGAGAUCACUUUAGAGACGAUGAUGCCUGAUGUCACAGGAUCUUGUGAGAGUUCAAACUGGAUCAGAGAGAUGAGAGAAGCAGUGUCUGUCUCUGAGAUCCCUCUAAGAACUGCAGAAAACAGACCAUUCGAGAGCCUCGAUUCACCUCAAGCUGACUUCCAGACACCAACAGAGGAGAGCAUCCCCCCAGUGAGAGAACAGCUAGACGAGCCACCAGACAGCAGAUCUCCGGAGAAAGAAGCAGCUGAAGAGAGUGAACCUAGCCCCACUUUCCCACCACCCCCAGAGGAAGACUUCCUCUUCCCUCCACCCCCUGAUCACCUGCUCCACGACAGCUCAGAGUUCCCCACCCCACCUCCCACACCCCCAGAGAGGGCUCCCUCUGAGCCUGAGCUCGUGCCUGAGGCCGAGCUUGAAUCCAAGCCUGAGCCGGAGCCUCAGUGUCGGCCUGAGCCUGAGCCUGAACCUGUACCUGUAGUCAAGCCUGAACCCAAGCCUGAGAUCCAGCCGAAGUGGUGUGAGUCUGAACCUGAUCCUGAACCCAAGCCUGUACUAAAGCCUGAAUCCAAGUCUGAACCCAAGCCUGAGAUCCAGCCUAACCGUGAGCCUGAACCUGAACUUGAGCCCAAGCCUGUACUAAAUCCUGAGAUCCAAUCUAACCGUGAGCCUAAACCUGAUCCUGAACCCAAGCCUGAACCCAAGUGUGAGCCUGAACCCGAUCCUGAACCAAAGCCUGAGCUCAAACCUGAACUUGAGCCCAAGGCUGAAGCUGUUCCUCCAUCUAACAACUCACCUCAGACCCAGUCUGUUCCCCACAACCACCUCAAGCCUGAACAGCUCCAAGCUCCUCCAGCAAGGAGCUCAGACUCUGACGGUGCAUUUGAGACCCCUGAAUCCACAACCCCUGUAAAGACAGCAGCCCCUCCACUGCCAGCAGUUGAGCAGACAGAACCUACACAGCCUCUGCCCCCCACAGACACAGAUCCCUGUCUUGGCCCAGUCUCUACAGUAGAUGCCUCUGCUGGUGAUGAGUCCAGUUCUCCUUCUUUCCAACCUCCCAGUCGCUCUCUGUCCAUUGUCUUUGAUGAGGACAAGCCCAUAGCCAGCAGUGGCGCCUAUAACCUUGACCACUUACUCGCUGCUGAUCCUUUUCCAGAAUCGUCGGGCCCACAGGGUCGUACACCUUUAACUCGCUCACUCAGCCUCCAGUCUGGAGAGUUAGACAGCUAUAGCCCUGGAGACAGGCCAGCAGGCGGUGCCACAGAAAAGUAUAUUCAUCCCCGGGCAGAGUCCUUCAGUGUGGGCACAGAGAGUGCCCCAGGGACCCUCCGCAGGGUCAAAAAGCCUCGGCCCGGUUCCCUAAAGAAGAAGCCUUUAUCCAGGCAAAACUCCAACCCUGAGAGCGCCACUUCCAGAGCCGGCUCCUCCAGCAGCACUCCGGAAGUCAAGAAGAGGGGUAAGCCCCGUGCAGAGACCCCUCCUCAGGUACAAGACGAGCAGGAGCGUCCCACAGCGUCACCUAGCCCCAGCCCCAGCCCUGCAGGCACCCUCAGGAGGAGCAAGAUCAAACCGAGAGUUGAAAGUCCACCACCUGUAGCUGAGGAGAGCAUCUUCGCUCCGGCGCCAGAUACUGCAGAGCCCGCAGAGCAACAGGACAAGUCUUCACCCGUCCCUGAUAAGGAUUCCCCCAUCCCCCCCAGUGCCAGCUACAAAUGGGACCCAGACAACUUUGAGAACAUCGACCCUUUCUGCACAGGCGGCAGUAAAAUCGCCAAUUCUCCUGUCUUUGGAAGGAAAACUGACUUUGCCAAAGCUGACUUUGCCCCUGUCCCAGAGCCUCCCAGAAGCCCCCCUGUCCCCACAGAGGAACCCCUGCCCACUCUUGCUGCCCCUCGAACAGAGCAACCGGUCAACAUCGAAGAGCAGCCAAUCCCCAAGCGGCAGCCAAUCAGGCUGGAGUUCGAUUACUCUGAGGAGAGCGGAGAGACGUCACAGGACGCCCCUCUCCCUCCGAAAAAGCUUGGCAAAAAGCCAGGGGCCAAGAUGCCCCUCAGAAAGCCAAAGCUGGGGAUUAAGAAGGCCCCCCCAACUAAAACCGAGCAGCUAGACAACGCGCCCAUCAGAGUCAACUCCAACGACAAUGACGACAUCCCCAUCAGCAAAGGGUCCUACAACUUUGACCCCAACAAAUGGGAAGACCCUAACUUUAAUCCUUUCUCAUCCAACCAAGGCAUCCCUAACUCUCCAGGCCAGUCCAGGGCGAGCUACAGCUUUGAUGCAGACUCCUUCAAUGACUCCAAUAAGAUGGGGAAUUCGCCUCCUAAGGCAGCCUCUUUUGAGGUCUCCAGCAAUGACAAUGACAAUGACAACAUUAGUGAGCUGGAGGAUCACAACCAGAAUAAACCAGCAAAGAACAAGAAAAAGCCACUAAAAUCUAACACAUUCAGAGUGAAGAGGUCACCAAAACGGUCCCCAGUAACGGAUCAGUCUGCACAGUGUUGUCCUGUGUGUUCUCCACUUUCGCCCACCAUCCCACACACACACAAUCACCUACAGGACCCCCCAGCAGACACCCUGUCCGACCACGCGCAGGACCACGCCACGGACGAGGAGAAGCUGGCCUCUUCCACCAACCAGAAGUGGACAGCUCGGCACGAUGUGGAGGCGGAGCUUACGUCUGACGUCCAGGACUUCCCUCAGCCAUCCGACCUCACAGCCUUCGUCACUGGGAGCAACUUACCAGCACAGAAUCAUGACUAUGAAAUUGAGUACAUGGAGAAGAUUGGCACAUCUACACCACCUCUCUCAGUGAAGAAGCCCUCUCUCUAUUUAAAUCUGGAUCCAGUGACUGACAGUUCAAAACAGAGCUCCUGUAUGCACGACUCGGGGCCCAACUCCCCAUGUACUGGGAGUUUUGAGGAGAUGGAGGCUCAGAUGGAGGCUGAGGGGAAGUCUCCUGUGUUGCCAGCCCGCGGACCCCCUGAGACCCUGACAGAGAAAAGCCGAAAGAGGGAAAACCAAUCUCAGAGCCGAGCUCAGAGCAGCGAGCGAGACGGAGCGCCCCCCUCCCAGGGUCCUGCGGAACCCUCUGAUCUGUCCCUGUUAGACAGGCUUAGUGAGUCAGCCGCCCCCCUCAGCUACCUGGAGCCUGACCUGGCAGAGACCAACCCCACAGCCUUCGCCCAAAAACUGCAGGAGGAGCUGGUGCUCGCAGCGCUGAGGAUUGAGGCUCUGCAGGUAGCCAAAAACAUCUCUCAGAGCCCUUCUCUAUCCACUGUUUCCCCUCAGUCUCGGCUCAAGAAGCCCAGCCCACGCCGGUGGAAUAUCAACAGUUCUGCCAUGUCUAAAAAGUCUGCAGACAGGUCUGCUCAGACAGAGGUAAAACUCUGUCGAAGAUCACCCCAGUAUUCACAGCAAAGAGACGUGGCCUCCCCUGGAGACAGUGGUGUAUCUAAAAGCUCCAUAUACUCCCGGACAGGAUACAGCGAAACAGAAAGCCCCUACUUACCCAGGGAAUUGGAUCACUCUUUGGGCAUAGCUAGAGAAGAGGUUGUUUCCAAGGAAAAGGAAGUUCUUGAGUGGAAGAGAAAGUAUGAGGAGAGUCAGCAGGAACUACAAGAGAUGAAGAGAAUUGUUGCAGAGUACGAGAAGACCAUUGCACAAAUGAUUGAAAAGCCUAUCACGCUUCCGGAUUCAGCCACUGAGGAUGAGCAGAGGGAGAAGUCCUUGUCCCAUCACACCAUACAGCAGCUGAUUCUAGAAAAGGAUCAGGCCCUGGCAGAUCUGAACUCGGUAGAGAAGUCUCUGGCUGAUCUGUUCCGCCGCUAUGAGAAGAUGAAAGAUGUUCUAGAAGGUUUCCGCAAGAAUGAGGAGGUGCUGAAGAAGUGCGCACAGGAGUAUCUGUCUCGAGUGCGCAAGGAGGAGCAGCGCUACCAGGCCCUGAAAAUCCAUGCUGAGGAGAAACUGGAUAAGGCCAAUGCAGAAAUCGCACAAGUGCGUACCAAAGCUAAGCAGGAGCAGGUAGCGUACCAGGCCAGUCUGAGGAAAGAACAGAUGAAGGUGGAUUCUCUAGAACGAACACUGGAUCAGAAGAACAAAGAAAUCGAGGAAUUAACCAAGAUCUGUGACGAGCUGAUUGCCAAAAUGGGGAAGAGCUAGCCGCCCAUCACAUGACCUCUGUCCACACCUCUAUAGGACGGGACAGGAAGCGUAGCAGAGUAGAGCAGAGUAAAUCUUGAAGAGCAGAGUGUCCUUUUGAGUGCUGGACAGAAUCACGGACUAUGUUCAGAUCUUUAACACUACUGAUAUCCUUCAUGAAACUGGACUCCUGCAGACGAGGAGGACACUCUGGACUGUGACUCCACUGUAAUUACAUGCUGUAAUGUUUUGAUGUGUUUUAAUGUGCACCAACUUACCUGUCACUCAACAGGAAGGGUCUUGUGAAAGUUUUUAGAGAUGUACUCCCCAUCAGUAAAGAUAUUCUAUGAGAGAGUGUGUGUGUGUCUGAGAGAGAGAGAAACGAGAGAUAGCAAGAAACCGCGUGAGUGAGCAAGAGAACGUGAGUGUGUGUGUGUGCGUGCGUGCUUGGGAUGAGGGUGAGGUUAACUGCUAUGUUGCCAUGACAACCACUGAUGGAGCUGACUGUUAAUCUAAUUCCUGUGGUGGUACCCUCUUUGAACUUGACAACACAAGUGAUGAUAAGAAAGAUGAUAUCUAUCUAUCUAUAUAUAUAUGAUUAUGAGAAUAUUCUAAAAACAAAAGCAUGUGGUAGAUUCAAAACGUCCUUUUAUGUGGAUAUGAGCUGCGUAUAUAGUAAAGGAACACAUUCUGCAGUUUUUAUACUGUUGUACUGUUAAAACAGCUUCCUUGUGUAUCAUUUUUGUAGAUACUCUUUUGUUUUAUUUGCCUCUUAGCAAAACUGGUGUGCGAUUUUUAAGUUUUUACAUUUUAUUUUUAUUUUUCAAUUUUAUUCAGAAAUGUUAAUGAGCAUAAUGUCCUCCUAAUGUCUCUGGUUUUAAGGUGAGCUAUUUCAGUUUGAAUGGGUUUGUCUCAGUCCUGCUUUGGUUGAUGCGGCACGGUAGAAGUUCCUCUAAAAGGGGGAUUUUUACUUUGUUAUACAGCACCUGCUUACAAAGUGCAAUAAAAGAUGGCAAUAAAACACA